AUGGCCACCCUAAUCCUCCUUCUGCUCAUCCUCCCCUCCAUCCUCCUGCUCCCCUUCUAUACCAUCUACAAGCCGCCCUCGUCUUUGAUCCGGUACUUUUCGCAACGGUGGACCGACGUCCUCUGGCGCCUUUGGUUGCCGCCGCACCGCAAGAUCGUCGCCCUGACCAUUGACGAUGCGCCGUCCGAUCAUACAAGAGAGAUUCUCGCGGCUUUGAAAGCGGGCGGGGCGCAUGCGACGUUUUUUGUCAUUGGAGGCCAGGUGCGGGGGAGGGAGGAGAUCUUGAGGGAGAUUGUGAGGCAAGGGCAUGAAUUGGGGAAUCACGGGAUGCAUGAUGAGAUGGCGAGGGAGCUGGCGGAUGAGGAGCUGGAGAGCCAGAUGAAGGAGGUGGAGGGACUGAUUCGAGAGGCUUAUGAGGCUGAGGGGAGGGUGUGGCCUGGUGGCAGUGCUGGCCAUGGUGCAGAGGGAAGAACAACAGAUGGGACAGAUACGACAACGACAACAGAAACAAGAGAUACAAGAACAAGAGAAGGAGGGACCGUCGAAGAGCAAGUCAUUGAGGGCAAAUAUUACCGGCCUGGAUCAGGGUUCUUUAGCGAGAGGAUGUUGGGUCUGGUCAGGAAAUUGGGGUAUCGCUUGGUUUUGGGGAGCAUAUAUCCACAUGAUGCCCAGAUUGGGUAUGCCUGGUUGAAUGCGAGGCAUAUCCUCAGUAUGCUGAGCCCCGGGGGAAUUAUUAUUUGUCAUGAUCGGAGGAGCUGGACGCCGCCCAUGUUGAGGAAGGUGUUGCCGGAGAUGCAGAGGAGGGGGUAUAAAGCUGUGACGGUGUCGCAGCUUUUGGAGGAGGCGACGGGGUAA